GUGUAUAUUGUCAAAAUCAUAGACUGUCAAAAUUGUGGAUAUGAUUUGUUUAUAUUUUGACUAAAAUUUGAAAGAAGUUUAUAAAUAUUACGAAAUAACCAAAAUGACUGGUCGCUUGAAAUCGGGGACUAGCAGGAUAGAAGUAGACAUAGAAAAAAAUAGAGAAGAGUCGAAUUGGCUAAAAGUGAUAGAACUUGCAGAACAACUGAAAGAAAAAUCACCGGAGCUUGUAUGUCUCUCAGACUUCUUAAUUGGAGAAGGGAAACUGGAAAAUUACUUGGAAGAAUUUCCACCAAUUGAGGCGAAUACUAACAGAGCCAAGCUUGGAUUAAUUGAUGCCAAACGUUAUCUGAACUUAGUUGUAACAGAAGCUGGUAUAAAGGCUGGAGUUGCAAUGGAUGCACAUCUUCUCCUGGGAAAACUGCAGUAUGCUUGUGGCCAGUAUGCUGAAGGACUAAAACAUUUUAAAAUGGCUGAUCUCCAGAAUUUAACGGAAAAAAGGUUGCCAUUGAGGAGCUUGAAGAUAAUUGCAGAAUCAUAUGCUCUCAAAGCACUUUGUCUUCAAAAGGAUGAUACAACCUCAAGUAAAUUUAAAAAAGCUGAGAGAUAUGAAGAGAUGUCUAAAUCAUUUGACUUAGCGUCAGAUUUGAGUUUGUUAUAUAUGCAAAAAUUGGAAAAGGAAUUGAUCCCUACGAUGGCUAGUUCCAAUACAGGUAAAUAA